AUGGGCAGGGUCCUGCUGGCCUGGUGCUGGGCGCUGUGCUGCUGGGGGUGCGUGGCCCCCAAGGGCACACAGGCUGAGGCAGACCCUUUCGUGGAGAGUCCAAGGAACAUCACCGGUGCCCGGGGACUUGUGGGGACCCUUCGGUGUGAGCUCAAGGUUCAGGGGGAGCCCCCCGAGGUGACCUGGCUUCGGGAUGGACAGGUGUUAGAGCUGGCCGACAGUACCCAGAUGCAGGUGCCCCUGGGCGAAGACGGGGAGGAUGAAUGGAAAGUGGUCAGCCAACUCAGAAUCUCAUCCCUGCAGCUCUCGGACGCGGGGUGGUACCAGUGUGCCGUGAACCUGGGAGGAAAGACCUUCCUGUCCCAGCCUGGCUAUGUUGGGCUGGAGGGCCUGCCUUACUUCCUGGAGGAGCCGGAGGACAGGGCCAUGGCCGCCAAUACCCCCUUCAACCUGAGCUGCUGGGCCCAGGGACCCCCAGAGCCCGUGGACCUACUCUGGCUCCAGGAUGCUGUCCCCCUGACUCCAGUCAUGGGCCGUGGCCCCCAGCAUACACUGCGCAUCCGAGGCUUGAACAAGACGUCUUCUUUCUCCUGUGAAGCCCACAAUGCCAAGGGGGUCACCACAUCCCGCACAGCCACCAUCACAGUGCUCCCCCAGAGGCCCCACAACCUCCACCUGGCUUCCCGUCAGCCCACAGAGCUGGAGGUGGCUUGGACCCCAGGCCUGAGCGGCAUCUACCCCCUCACGCACUGUACCCUGCAGGCUGUGCUGUCAGAUGAUGGGGUGGGUGUCUGGCUGGGAGAGCCAGACCCCCCCAAAGAACCUAUCACCUUGCAAGCAUCCGUCCCCCCUCACCAACUUCGGCUGGGUGGCCUCCACCCUCACACUCCUUACCACAUCCGGGUGGCCUGUACCAGUAGCCAGGGCCCCUCGCCCUGGACCCACUGGCUUCCUGUGGAGACACCGGAGGGAGUACCCCUGGGCCCCCCUGAGAACGUUAGUGCCAUGCGGAAUGGGAGCCAAGCCCUCGUGCGUUGGCGGGAGCCAAGGGCACCCCUGCAGGGCACCCUGUUAGGGUACCGGCUGGCCUAUCGAGGCCAGGACACUCCGGAGGUGCUAAUGGACAUAGGGCUAAAGAGAGAGGUGACCCUGGAGCUGCAGGGGGAUGGGACUGUGCCCAACCUGACCGUGUGUGUGGCAGCCUACACCGCUGCUGGGGAUGGACCCUGGAGCCACCCUGUGCCCCUGGAGUCCUGGCGCCCAGGGCAAGGACAACCAAUCCACCUGCUAGUGAGUGAGCCCCCAGCCCCUGCCUUCUCAUGGCCCUGGUGGUAUGUACUGCUGGGAGCAGUUGUGGCCGCUGGCUGUGUCUUCAUCUUGGCCCUGUUCCUCGUCCACCGACGGAAGAAGGAGACCCGCUAUGGAGAGGUGUUUGAACCAACAGUGGAGAGGGGUGAACUGGUGGUCAGGUACCGUGUUCGCAAGUCCUACAGCCGCCGGACCACUGAAGCCACCUUGAACAGCCUGGGCAUCAAUGAAGAGCUGAAGGAGAAGCUUCGGGAUGUGAUGGUGGACCGUCAUAAGGUGGCCCUGGGGAAGACCCUGGGAGAAGGAGAAUUCGGAGCUGUGAUGGAGGGCCAGCUCAACCAGGAUGACUCCAUCCUCAAGGUGGCUGUGAAGACAAUGAAGAUUGCCAUCUGCACAAGAUCGGAGCUGGAGGAUUUCCUGAGUGAAGCCGUCUGCAUGAAGGAAUUCGAUCACCCCAACGUCAUGAGGCUCAUUGGUGUCUGUUUCCAGGGUUCUGAACGAGAGGGCUUCCCGGCACCUGUGGUCAUCUUACCUUUCAUGAAACAUGGAGACCUGCACAGUUUCCUCCUCUACUCCCGGCUCGGGGACCAGCCAGUGUUCCUGCCCACUCAGAUGCUGGUGAAGUUCAUGGCAGACAUUGCCAGUGGCAUGGAGUAUCUGAGUACCAAGAGAUUCAUACACCGAGACCUGGCUGCCAGAAACUGCAUGCUGAACGAGAACAUGUCCGUGUGUGUGGCGGACUUUGGGCUCUCUAAGAAGAUCUACAAUGGGGACUACUACCGGCAGGGACGCAUCGCCAAGAUGCCAGUCAAGUGGAUCGCCAUCGAGAGCCUAGCUGACCGGGUCUACACCAGCAAGAGUGAUGUGUGGUCCUUUGGAGUGACGAUGUGGGAGAUUGCCACGCGAGGCCAAACCCCAUAUCCAGGAGUGGAGAACAGCGAGAUUUACGACUACCUGUGCCAGGGAAACCGCCUGAAACAGCCUGUGGACUGUCUGGAUGGACUGUAUGCCCUGAUGUCCCGGUGCUGGGAGCUAAACCCCCGGGACCGGCCAAGCUUCUCAGAACUUCGGGAGGAUCUGGAGAACACCCUGAAGGCCCUGCCCCCUGCCCAGGAGCCCGACGAGAUCCUCUAUGUCAACAUGGAUGAGGGUGGGGGGCAUCCUGAACCACUUGGAGCUGCUGGAGGAGCUGACCCCCUAACCCAGCCUGACCCUAAGGAUUCUUGCAGUUGCCUCACCGCGGCUGAGGUCCAUCCUGCUGGACGCUAUGUCCUCUGCCCUUCUACCACCCCCGGCCCUACUCUGCCCACGGAAAGGAGCUCCCCAGCUCCCCCAGGGCAGGAGGAUGGAGCCUAA